GAGAAGCCAUGGCGACCGAGGCGCGGUAUUUCGGCGUGUGGGAUUACGUGGUGUUCGCCGUCAUGCUCUGCAUCUCCGCCGGUAUCGGGCUGUUCUACGCAUGCACGGGCGGGAAGCAGCGAACUCAGAAGGAGUUUCUCAUGGCAGAUAAGUCCAUGUCCAUAGUGCCCGUGACCAUGUCUUUGUUAGCCUCGUUCAUCUCCGCCAUCACGGUGUUGGGGACACCGGCAGAGGUGUACAAUAACGGCACCAUGUUCUGGAACUUCGCGGUGGCAGACUCCUUAGCCAUGGUGGUGGUAGCGAGGCUAUUUGUACCGACCUUCUACAACAUGGGACUGACUAGCACCUAUGAGUAUCUAGAAAUACGUUUCUCCAAACCUGUUCGCCUUCUUACUACCGUAGUAUUCAUGGUGAACAUGUUGGUGUAUAUGGGGCUAGUUCUGUACACACCUUCCUUGGCCCUUAACGCGGUAACGGGGCUAACAUUGUGGGGAGCCGUUGCCGCAGUAGGCGUGGUCUGUACGUUCUAUACAACCUUGGGCGGUAUGAAGGCUGUGAUGUGGACGGACACGUUCCAGGUAGUUGUGAUGGUGGCGGGGUUCCUGGUCGUCAUCAUCCAGGGAACCAUAGAAGUCGGAGGACCUGCUCGAGUCUGGGAAAUCAACGGUCAGGGAGAGAGACUGGAGUUCUUCAACUUUGACCCAGACCCAAGGAUCCGGCACUCUUCGUGGGGCAUCUACAUCGGAGGUAUCUUCAUCUGGGCGUCUAUAUACGGGGUUAACCAGGCACAGGUCCAGCGGUAUCUCAGCUGCCCUUCUGUCAAACAGGCACAGACCGCCCUCUACUGGAACAUACUGGGGCUGGUCGUGCUCAUCGCGUUUGCAGUAGUGAGUGGGAUGGUGAUGUACGCACGUUACUAUCUGUGCGAUCCGAAGACGAUAGGGGAUAUUGACAACUCAGACCAGAUGAUGCCGUACUUUGUAAUGGACAUCCUUAGUAAGUACCCGGGUAUGCCUGGUCUCUUCACGGCCUGUGUGUUUAGCGGGGCUCUCAGCACCAUGUCCUCGGGGCUGAACGCGCUGGCCGCCGUAGCACUGGAGGACUUCGUCAAGCCCUGCUUCCCCAACUUCAGCGAUGAAAAGUAUACUUGGAUAUCUAAAUUUCUAGCGAUGUUUUUUGGCGGGUUGAUGAUUCUCAUGGCUUACGUCGCGUCAUUCCUGGGCUCGGUGGUCCAGGCGGCGCUGAGUCUGUUCGGCAUGCUGGGAGGGCCGAUGCUCGGCAUCUUUGUGCUCGGCAUGAUGUUCCCGUGCGCCAACAAAUGGGGAGGUCUGGUUGGCCUUAUAAGCAGCCUGUUCAUCACCUUGUGGGUCGGGAUGGGCGGGAUCGUGUGGCCGCGGGCUCGGUGGAUGCCGCCGAUCUCGACCGAAGGAUGUCCUGGUAAUGUCACGGCAAACUUCACGACAAGCGCCCCCAUGUCUACCAGCAUGGCACAGUUCAGCAUCACCACUCCAACUGCUGACAAUGGAUAUCCUCCUGAAGCAGCUUUGUACGAGCUGUCUUACGUCUGGUUCGGCGGCCUGGCCACAGUGACAUGUGUCAUCGUGGGGCUCAUAGUGAGUUUUGUAACAGGAUCACAGGAUCCGAAGGAAAUGGACGCCAAGUUGUUUAUACCAUUCUACGAGCGGUUCUUCUGCUGCCUGCCCGACAGUUGGCUAAAAUGGCUGCGCUGCGGGGUGCCACGCGAAGAGGGAGAAAACGAAGCGAUAGAAGUCAAGAUGUCCAAUGCUGCAAGCAAUCCAACAUUUUUACCAGACGACGAAGGGACCAAGGAAAACGUAGUGCCUACCUUCAGCGAUGGCCACAACAUGGUCGAAAAUGUUACCAGUUUGUAG